CAAAAUCAUGACGAAUGGAUUAAUUUGGUGAAGCCUACUUUGGAUCCUGCUACUUCAGCUCAGAUAUGUGGGCCACCGGAGUCAUCAGAUAUGGAGGUUGAGAUCGGCAAGUCCAUUAAAAAUGAAUUGCAUGCAGCUGUCAACUCUCUAUUGAAGGAUGAUGGGAUUCUGGUGAUCCCGACCGUGGCAGAUCCUCCUUCAAAACUUGGUGGGAAGACUCUCCUCUCUGAUGAAUUCCGUAGUCGUGCUUUUGGUUUGUUAAGUAUUGCAAGCCUAUCAGGUUGCUGUCAGGUCACAAUACCACUUGGACUUCAUAACAAGAAUCCUGUUUCAGUUUCUUUUAUAGCCAGGCAUGGGGGUGAUCGCUUUUUACUAGAUACAUUGCAGACAAUGUACACAUCUUUACAGGAGCAGGCUGAUCUUGUUACAAAUGAAGUCGAAGAUGGAGGAUUAUGAAGUCAUAGAGCAGAUUGGGAGAGGGGCUUUUGGAGCCGCUUUUCUUGUUCUUCACAAGGGACAGAGGAAGAAGUAUGUGUUAAAGAAGAUUCGUUUAUCUAAGCAAACGGAGAAGUUCAAACGCACAGCUCACCAAGAGGUUGCUUU